UGACAUGCCGGCCAACUGCGUCGCUUUCGGCUGCACGAGCUAUUAUUAUGGAAGGGGAAAUACUAAUUUCUUCAGAUUUCCAUCUGCAAAGGUUAAUGCGGGAAGGAGAAGUUUGUGGACGGCAGCGGUGAAGCGGUUGAACUCGGACGGCACGGCAUGGCAGCCAACAGUGCAUUCCAGGAUCUGUGGCGCGCAUUUUGUCACAGGCCGGCCGUCGAACUUCGCUACACACCCAGACUACGUGCCUACUAUAUUUACGUACAGAAAAGCUGGCAGCGACGCCGAUGUUCGGCGGCACAACCGUGCCUCACAAAGGCGGGAGAGCAAACGGGCUGCUACUAUAGCCUCCCUAAGCAGCCAAGUGGACCCCACGGCUCUACCAGGGAACGGACAGCCUGCUGCAGUCAUUCAGGAAGCUGAGCUGCCCAUUGACCCCUCUGGAAGCACAGCUGCACCCACAGAGGAUAUGCCUGAGCAGGAACCACUAGGAAAUGUAAGAGAUGGCAAGUAUUGA